GUGACAGUGACAGUGACGCCAGCGUCGACGCUGGCAGCGUGAUUAGUCAACUGGAAUGGUUGGUUGCUGAGAGUAACAGCAGAAACAACAACAAUGGCCAAAGCAAAGCGAGGCAAACAGCAGCAGCAGCGGCAGCAUUGAUAGUUGUGUUCUGAGCAGCGCUUAAAAUGCAGGAAAAAAAUAUUGAACGCGCCAGGGGGAAAGCAAUAUAAGAGAAAUAUAAAUAAGUGCCUAAUUUGUUUAAAUUAGGCUGCAAAAAGUGUUUAAUUAGUUCCAAUUAUAGUGGCAAACCAGAAGGUCCGCACCAGAAGUACACCUGGCCACACGACGUUCCAUCACUCGCCAAGCUGAGUGCGCUGCCGCAACAUGCAUCGUGGACACCGCCCAAACGCUAGCUGGCAGCAGCAGCUUGCAUCUGCGUACCUCGUGGCCAUUUGCUUGCUGUCCAACUAUGUUUGCGUGUCCGCGCAGGACACGCAGGAUUUGCUGACUGCGGAGCCCGUCUACUAUUAUGUGGGCUGCUAUACGGCCCGCACGGACCUGCUCAAGGAGUCGGUGUACGCGAAGAUGCCGCAAACAUGCAUCGAGAUCUGUGAGCGCCAGGGACACAGGUACGCGGUGCUGGCUGCCGAGAAGUGCUUUUGUGCCAAUCAUCUGGAGCCGCAGGAGAAGCAGGACGAUCAGCUCUGCUACACCCGAUGCCUGGCCAAUAAGGCGCAGUACUGCGGCGGCGUGGGCGUACAUUCGUACUAUUCCACAACGCUGCUGCGGCAGCCAGCACCGCAUCAUCUGCGCGUGGUCAACAGCACCGAGAACAGCAUCAGCCUGGCUUGGGAUGCAUACGAGGCGAAGAAGCUGCUGCUGGCCGGCACCGCAGAGGCGCUCGCGGCCCAAACUCAGGAAGUGGCCAACAUUCUAAUCAAGUGCCAGAUUGUCCAGACCUACUCAACGCUGCCCGCAUUCCUGCAGCCCGAAUUCAUAGUGCAGAGCACGGAGACCCGCUUUGAACUGACCGAUCUUCAUCCGGCAACCCUCUACAACAUCAGCGUGCGCGCCAUUUGCGUGCAACCGCAGCAAGAGGAAAGCGAGUGCGGUCAUGGCUCCCUUAUGGCCAGCACUGAGGUCGGCACACCCAGUCCAGCUCCUGCACAGCCCAAGGUGCUAAGCCGCACCAAGGACAGCAUCACCGUGGAGCUGGCACCCAUAAAGAACGACAACGGACCGGUAACGAAGCUACUGAUCAUUGUGGAGUUUGUUGACGAUGCGCUGAUCCAGCCAUUUGAUGCACAACUGCUGGGCAGCUGGCAGCUGGCGCAGCAGACAGGAGUUCCGUACUACAUAGCCGCCGAGCUGGACUACGACCGGCCGGAGGAUAAUCGCACCAGGCACUUUGUAGUGGGCGAUGGCAAACGCUACGGGCGCUAUCACAAUGUGCCCCUGGAUCAGAUGUCCAAUGAGCAGGACAAGUCUGCCCAUGUGCAUAUUAGCUUGGGUGUGGUGAGCACACUCCGAAACGUCACCAAGACGCUAUACACGCGCAGCAGCCAUGCACAGCAUGCCAGCUCCUUGGAUGACUUCAGCUAUGCCACCUUUGAAAAGGGUCAAUCGUCGGUGGUCGCCCUGGCCGUUACCUGCGUCGUCUUUGGCACCUGCCUGAUUCUCAGUCUCAUUACCUACUUUUACUUGCGCUAUAAGACCUGCCAUGCGCGCGGACUGACCGGACGCAGGCGCAACGCCCACGAAAUGACGCAGCAGACGCCCAUCAUCGAGCGGGAGAACAACGGAUAUUUGGUGGAGGACGAGCUGCCGCCCACGCUGGAGAGCUUCAAGCAGCAGUUUCAGAUGACGAUCGAGGGCAUGGAGAAAUUGCCACGCAAUUCUCUUCGACUGAAUGCUAAUGAUGUCAUUGCUGAUGGCCGCUACGGAGAGAUUAUCACAGGACGACUCAGCCAGGGUGACGCCGUCAAGGAUUGUGCGCUUCACGUGCUGUCGCUGGACGAUCUGUCCGGCGUGUCGCAGGCACAGCUGCUGCGCGAGAUGCGGCACUUGAAGCAAUUGCGCCGCCACGAACUAGUUCUAGAUUUCUAUGGAAUUUCGGCCAGCGCUGACUGGUUCUAUCUGAUCUUUGAGCUGCAGCGAGUGAGCCUCAAGCGGCGCCUGAUCGAGAGCCGCCAGCCAGCACCUGCGCCACGCCUGACAACACUAUCGGAGCAACUGGUGCUGCAGUGGAUGUACGAGUUGACCAGCGCCAUGUCGUAUUUGGGCAGCUGCCAGGUGCAUCACCGGCAGCUGAGCGGCUACAGCGUUUACGUGUGCGCCGACUCCAAACUCAAGCUGUCCGUCUUUGGACCGCUGCACUACGUGAACAGCAAUGGCCAGCAGGUGGAUCUUGGCCGGUGGCUGGCGCCCGAGGUGCUGCGACAUCAGCACUACACGACCAUGUCGGACGUUUGGUCCUUUGCCUGCGUGGCUUGGGAGUGCUGCGCACUGGGCGGCACGCCCUACGCCAACAUAGCCAGCAGUCAGCAAUUACUGGAGGCAAUACGGUCGGGCGUGCGUCCGGCGCAGCCCGCCUAUGUCUACGGCGACCUGUUCCAGCUGCUGCUCAACUGCUGGCAGCUAGAGCCCAGCGAGCGCAUCGGCUUCGAAGAUGUCGCUUUCGGCAUACGUCAGCUGAUGACAUCACCCAGGCACGCACUUUGCUUUGAUCGCUCUGCUUCAGAUCCGCGGGAGACGCUGCCGUUGUACCUGCCGAUGCUUGAGACUAUCAACUAGUGUAGCCGGAGCGCAGAAGCAAUUAUUUAUUAAUGCAGUAGGGCAAAAUAAAAGACAAUUGACGAAUGAUUAGAAUAAAUAUAACAGACCUAUUGAAAGCGUUAGUUGAUUGCUCCAAAAUGCAGUCUGAUAAGAAUGUGCUAGCCAUGAGUUUGAACCAAUCUUUAUCAAAGAUUUACAAUAUAUAAAAACGACCAAUAAAUGUGCGUUCUUUGUAAAGCGUUAUCAAUCCAUUAUCAAUAA